UGAUUGGCGUUUUGAGAAAGAAUGUCCCAGCAAAGUGGUAAAGAAGCAGAAACGACCAUCACGUACGGAACGCCAACGCUGAACGAUUGGAAAAUUUAUCUGCGGAAUUUGCAUCAAAAUCCUACCCAAAACAUGGCCACACCCAAUUCAUCGUCAUCGGAAUCGUCGUUCGAGCUAGAGGAAAGUUUCAAAGCGCUGCUUGAUCGUAAGCGACGCGAAAUGCAGAACAAAGUGGCCGAUGGGCGAAUGCCACCAGCGGAAGACUCCGAUGAUGUAGCGUCACGGGAAGUGGUUGAACCGAGCCAACAACAGUCCAUCGGUGACGAUUCAACGUUUCUCGAGCAGGACUCGAUCAGCAAACUGUCCGACACUAGCUUCGAGGAAAUGGAGCGAAUAUGUGCCGUGCUGGAUAAGGUGAAUGGUUUCGAUACGAGUGUUAAAAUGCAAGCCGACGUCGUUAAGCCUCCUGUGCCGACACUUACACUCCAUCCGCCAGCAACAUUUGGUGAUGUCACGCAGCUCGACGAAAUCGACGAACCGUCCGGAUUGUGGGAAAAUACAAUUUUACCCGUUGUUGGUGGUGGUGUGGCUCUUUCGCCUGUAAAGCGUAUGCAUAUGCUACGACCGUCAACCAUUUUGGAAGAAUCAACCUUUUCCGGUCCGUCCGAAGCGUCGAAGAAUUCUUCCAUUGAAACAUUCGCCUCGGCUAGGCAGGUACCGGAAGAGGGAGAAUCGUUGAACGUAAAUUCCGCUACCAGUGCUAGCGAAGUGUACCGUACGGCACAGGAUACGUUCGAAACUGAAUCGUAUGCACGCAGCAGCAUUUUGGACAUGGAUUCGGGAGUAACGAGCGACAUGACUGCGGCCGAUAAUCGUACUAAUAACUACGAUCAGCGCACCGAGUACGAGUCCAGGUACAGCAAAGACUCUACCAGAGAGGCAGACUCGAUGGAAGGGGAACAGAAUGUCAUCAUUUUGGAUAGCAGUGAAAGCGAGAUAGAAGAUGAACAAGACACGGAAUACAUCAAGAAACAUCAAGAGGAUGAGAAACUCGGAAAUACCUACCCAUUAGAUUCUUUGGCUAGCGAGCGGGAUGAAAGUUUGUUGGAGCCUGAACCAUCUUCACUGUUGUACGAGGAUCAGGAAGAAAGCACCCAAAACUUCCCCGAUGAAAUUUCCGUGCUGGAUGAAAUGCCUGAUCGCUUUAACGACACACUAGAGGAGACGGACUUCAUGUUAAAGCAGGGCUUGAAGCUGAUGGCUUUGAAGAAGCAGCAGCAAGAGCAGGAAGAACGCCGAGCACAGCUGGUAAAAUCUCGCACAAAUUCCGGCUCGGAUGAUGGAUACCGUCCACCGCUGUUACAUACACCUUCAGACAAGAAUAUGAAGAAAGCACCACCAAUGGGUUCACAUCUGUCCUAUCUGACGCCGACGAGUGGCAUGAGCUCCCGGUUGAAUAUAUCCCACGGAAGUCACAGCGCUGGCGUCAAGCAGGCACUAUUUUCUAGCGCGGGUAAAAACAGUGCCACAAAAAAUCUACCAACAGGCGUUGCAGUGGGUGCUGGGUCGACAGGAUCCUUCAAGAAACCGGUCAGUCGUUUACCACACUUGAAAGUUACGGGACGAAAGUUUGAUCAUAUCGUAUCACCGAUCGGUGCGUACAUCAAGAAAACGCCUCAGAGCAUGCUGCAGACAAAGAUUAACUGCCACAACAAAAAUCUGAUCGAUGUGCUGCACAGCGAAAAUCGGGACAGUGCCCUGAGCACUGGCAGCAGCCACGGAUGCAAAGAGAAUCAAGGCAUUAAUCUUAAAGGAUACACCUCAUCACUGCCCGGCAAGGGUGUUAUCUGUUCGAAUCGGGCCCAUGUGCUGGACGAAAGAAACGUGGUACGGAUUCCGGGUGGAGAGAAGAUGCAGAAGCUGAUCAACAGUUCGCCCACGAUGGUUAUCCGUCACGAGGGACGAAUUAAGUUUGCCGAGCCUACAGCGGCCGGCGGUGAGCGUAAGGUAGCGUCGCAUAACAUAAGCACAAUGACGGACGAUAGUUUGGCCGAUCUGUCUGUGCUUUCGAGCGACGUUUCGGUACGUGUGCUGAAGGAUGCAAAGCGCUACAAUUGAGAACUUUUUUUUAC